CCAAACAGAAUCAGAUAAACCAUUAGAAAACUGAAACCAAUGGCCGAAGCCUGUACCUAUUCUUUUGUUUUCUCUCUAUUGUUCUCCCUCUUAGAAACAUCCAUUGCGCUGGACACUCUUCCUUCCAGUCAAUCAAUCAGAGACGGCGACACAUUAGUUUCAGCCGGUGGAACAUUUGAAAUGGGAUUUUUCAGCCCAGGCAGUUCGAAAAGCCGAUACGUCGGAAUAUGGUACGUGAUAUCUUCUGGGACCGUCGUAUGGGUGGCUAACAGAGACACUCCGCUUAACGAUCACUCAGGAGUUUUAACGGUCACCGAUGAAGGAGUUCUUGCCCUUCUCAAUAGCACAAAUAAUAUUGUUUGGUCAACUAAUACAUUAAGAAGAGCAGAAAUUAAUCCAGUCGCACAGCUCUUGGAUACUGGAAAUCUUGUUGUGAAAGAUGGGAAUGUUGAUGACCCAGAGAGAUUUUUGUGGCAGAGUUUUGAUUAUCCUUGUGACACAUUACUACCGAAAAUGAAGCUUGGAAGGAACUUGGAAACUGGUCUAGAUAGAGUAAUAUCAUCUUGGAAGAGCACGGAAGAUCCUGGUCGAGGUGAUUUUUCAGUAAGGUUAGAUCCUCGUGGGCUUCCGCAAAUAGUUCUGAUGAAGGGGAAUACGAUAAAGGUUAGCUCAGGGUCAUGGAAUGGUCUUCGUUUUACGGGAUAUCCGGGCUUAAAUCGGAAUCCAGUGUUCGAGUAUGAAUUCGUGAUGAAUCGGAACGAGGUGUAUUACAAGUUCAAACUAGUAAACACUUCUGUUUUUUCAAGAUAUAUAAUAAACCCAUCAGGCGUUGCGCAGCGGUUUAUGUGGAUGGAUCGAACACGCAGUUGGGAGCUUUUCUCCACAUCCCAGGCAGACGCGUGUCAAAGAUAUGCAUUCUGUGGUGCAUAUGCUGCCUGCGAUGACGAUAACUCUCCUGCAUGUGCAUGCUUGGAAGGAUUCUUACCCAAGUCUCCAAAAGAUUGGAAAUCAGUAGAUUGGUCUGAUGGAUGUGUUCGAAGGACUCCAUUGGUAUGCAAUAUUAGAAAUGGUUUCCGCAAGUACACUGGGUUGAAAUUGCCCGACACAUCUUCUUCCUGGUUUAAUGCGACUUUGAGCCUCAAUGAAUGUGAGGGAUUGUGCUUGAAAAACUGCUCUUGCACAGCAUAUUCCAAUUUAGAUAUUAGGGGAAAAGGGAGUGGCUGCUUGCUUUGGUUCGAGAAAUUGAUUGACAUUGUUGUGUACUCUCAGGGUGGGCAAGAGCUAUACAUAAAGAUGGCCAGUUCAGAACUAGAAAAUAAUGGGAAAAAGGGGAACACCAGCAAGAUAAAACGGGCAGGAAUCAUAGCCGGCGCUGUAGCAUUAGUCAAUGGAAUUCUAACACUUGGAGUGAUCUCAUACAUACGGAAGAAGAAGUCUAGUUUCAAAGGAAUGGCAAAGAGAAGACAGGAGAAAGAUUGUGAAAAUGAAGGCCUGAAGGAAGACAUGGAGUUACCGAUAAUUGAUUUGACGGCCAUAGUUAAUGCCACUGAUAACUUUUCAAGCAACAAGAAGUUGGGAGAAGGUGGAUUUGGACCUGUGUAUAAGGGUACACUGCCAGCAGGGCAAGUGAUAGCUGUGAAGAGGCUUUCAACGAAUUCCGGACAAGGACCUAAUGAGUUCAUAAAUGAAGUCAAAUUAAUUGCCAAACUUCAGCACCGCAAUCUUGUAAAGCUUCUAGGGUGUUGCACAGAAGAAAAUGAGAAAAUUUUGAUUUACGAAUACAUGCCUAACAAAAGCUUGGAGUCCUUUAUUUUUGACCAGACAAAGAGCAAAUUAUUAGAUUGGCGUAAGCGCAUCGACAUUAUUGGUGGCAUUGCCAAGGGUCUUCUCUAUCUUCACGAAGAUUCUAGACUGAGGGUCAUCCAUAGAGAUCUCAAAGCUAGUAAUAUCUUACUAGAUAUUAAAAUGAAUCCAAAAAUUUCGGAUUUUGGCCUAGCUAGAUCAUUUCAGGGAGAUCAAAUUGUGUCCCAGACCCAUAGGAUUGUUGGAACAUAUGGCUACAUGUCUCCUGAGUAUGCAGUGCAUGGGCAGUACUCUGUGAAAUCUGAUGUCUUUAGCUUUGGAGUUUUAGUAUUGGAGAUAUUGAGUGGGAAGAAGAACAGGGGAUUCUGCCAUCCAGACCACCACCUCAAUCUUCUUGGACAUGCAUGGAGACUAUGGAUUGUAGACACAGCAAUGGAACUGAUCGAUGAAUCAGUAGGUGAUACACACACACGAUCUGAAGUGUUAAGACUAAUUCAAGUGGGUUUGUUAUGUGUGCAGCAAAGACCUGAAGAUAGACCAAACAUGUCUUCUGUUGUUCUAAUGUUAAGCAGUGAAGUUUUGUUGCCUGUCCCAAGGCAGCCGGGUUUCUAUGCAGAUUUAUCGUUAGCAGAUUCUCCAUCUAGCAACAAUGUAACUUAUUCAGCAAAUGGAAUCAGCAUCUCAACAUUCGAAGCACGUUAGAUACUAUCACUUGGUGCAAAGGGGGAGUGGUUUCUUUUGAAAUUUGUACAGUUAGAACAAAAGGAGAAAAGAUAAAUACAUUUCUUGAUUUAGAGCAAAGAUUGUUAUACCGUACUCUUGUUGUUACUUGAGAUAGAGGAUUCUUCUUCAAACAGGGUUUGUUUGGCAACACAACUAUUCUAAAGUAUUCUCAUAUAUUUCUUUCUCAAACA